CUUCUCGUUCGACGUCCGUUGCUCUGUUUCCCUGAACAUUUGAAGGAAAAAGCGACGGUUUUUCAGGUACCUUUUCGUUCCUCGCUCCUUAAAGUUUCGGCCUUUCUGGGUUUCGUUUCCUGCUGCGCGUCCCUGAGCUUUCCCUCUUCGUUCUGCGCUUUUGGGUUCUGUUGUGAUGGAUGCCCCACCAUUGACUUCUCAGCGCCGACCAUUUUCAGUGAAACUAUGGCCCCCGAGCAAAAAUACUCGUGAAACACUUGUGGAACGGAUGAUGAGGAAUCUCACUAGUGAAUCCAUUUUCACUAGGAAGUAUGGAAGUUUGAGCCCGGAAGAAGCUGAGGAAAAUGCAAAAAGAAUUGAAGAUGAAGCUUUUAUGACUGCUAAUCAACAUUAUGAAAAAGAGCCUGAUGGUGAUGGAGGGUCUGCAGUGCAGCUUUAUGCUAAGGAAUGCAGUAAACUUAUACUGGAAGUCCUCAAAAAAGGCCCAAAAGGCAAGGAUGAAAAGCUGCCAACUUCAGACAGUGCUAAGGCCUCUAGAGGGACAUUCUUUGAUAUUUCCAAGGGCCAACGGGCCUUCAUUGAAGCAGAGGAGGCAGAAGAACUUCUAAGACCAUUGAAGGAUCCUGAAAAUUCUUUCACCAAAAUAUGCUUUAGCAAUAGAAGCUUUGGAUUAGGAGCUGCUCGUGUUGCUGAACCCAUUCUGAUUUCCCUGAAGCACCAAUUGAAGGACGUAGAUUUAUCUGAUUUCAUUGCAGGAAGGCCAGAAACAGAAGCUCUUGAAGUCAUGAGCAUCUUUUCAGCUGCCUUGGAGGGUAGUGUUUUGAAUUCUCUAAAUCUUUCCGAUAACGCUUUGGGUGAAAAAGGCGUCAGAGCAUUUGGCGCACUCCUGAAAACACAGAGUCAAUUGGAGGAGCUCUAUUUAAUGAAUGAUGGAAUUUCUGAAGAAGCUGCUUGUGCAGUUUGUGAGUUGAUUCCUUCCACAGAAAAACUUAGAGUUCUUCAUUUUCACAAUAACAUGACAGGAGAUGAAGGAGCAAUUGCUAUCGCUGAGGUUGUGAAAUGCUCUUCGUUGUUGGAGGACUUCCGCUGCUCCUCCACAAGGAUUGGCUCUGAUGGAGGUGUUGCCUUAUCGGAAGCACUUGAAAAUUGCAUUCACCUUACGAAACUUGAUUUGAGGGACAAUAUGUUUGGUGUAGAAGCUGGAGUUUCUUUGAGUAAAGCUCUUUCCAAGCACGCUAAUUUGACUGAGGUUUACCUGAGUUACCUGAAUUUGGAAGAUGAGGGGGCAAUCGCAAUAGCCAAUAUUCUUAAAGAGACAGCCCUGUCUCUUACAGUUCUAGAGAUGGCUGGCAACGACAUAACAGCGGAAGCAGCUCCAGCUUUAUCUGCUUGUAUAGCUGCAAAGAGCCUUCUCACCAAAUUGAACUUGGCUGAGAAUGAGCUCAAGGAUGAAGGUGCUAUUCAGAUUGGCAAAGCAUUGCAAAAAGGCCAUGAGCAGUUGACAGAAGUUGAUUUGAGCACCAACUCGAUCAGAAGGGCUGGAGCUCGAUUCUUGGCCCAGGUUGUGGUGCAGAAGCCUGGGUUCAAGUUACUCAACAUCGAUGGAAAUUUCAUUUCGGAAGACGGGAUUGAUGAGGUGAAGAGUGUAUUCAAGAAAUCCCCUGAAAUGCUGGCUUCCCUCGAUGAGAACGACCCUGAAGGAGGUGAUGAAGAUGAAGAGGACGAGGAAGGCGAAGGGGAAGGUGAAGCUGAUGAAGGUGAGCUGGAGUCGAAGUUGAAGAAACUUGAAGUAGGUGAAGAGUAGGAUAUGUUCUUUCUAGAUUAAGGUAAUUUGAAUUGGCUCUCCGCGGUAGUUCAGGAAUGGCUUCAAUAGCCAGGAACAUUUACUGGAUUUUUAGCUCAGUACAUCGUCGAGGCUCAUGAACCAUGAGCAGGAUAAUCGUAGCUCCUACAGAUGAGCCUUUUUUUUUUAUUGAGGACGGCCUUGUAGGAGCUGUUUUUCAUGUAUUUGACCUACUUAUUCCGUAGGAUGAUCUAUCGUAGAAAGAGCUUACCAGAAUUUAUGUUCUAGUUACCAGCUACUAGCUAGCGAAUUGUUUUAAUGCGCUUUCUUCUCUC